AAUAAUCUUCAAAACAGUAAUCUCAGCAUAACAGGAUACGCACACUACACUAUCUUCACAUGAGGUAUUGUGUUAUAUUUUAUUGUGAAGUUAAAUCUUUCAUAUGAAACGUAUCAACUUAUAAAAUUUAGGAGGAUAAUGAUGUAGUAAAUUCAAAGGUAUAAUAAUUUACAGAAAUACAACAGUAUGACAUGAUAUUAACAGAAUUAUGACAUUAAAAUGUAUUCAUUUGAAGAGGAGCCGCCAUAUCGAAGGAUAAUCAGCGUUAAAGCGAUAAUGCAUAUCGAAAAGUCGAAAUCGCAAGGCAGUCGCGGUCCGUCUGGUACUUUCAAGACGAAUUUCAUCAUCAAAGACGGAUCUUUAGCCGUUUUCAAAUAUUAUAAAAAUAACAUUGUAUUAGACUGUCUGUCACCUGUGAAUUUAAAAUUGUACCUCGAACCAAUAAAUACUUCGAUGAAAAUCGUUGAAUGGCCCUUUUUAUAGACCUGCGAUGCGAUCACGUGGGGAAGGCGAGAGAAUGUCAACGAUCAAUAGUAUUACGAAAAUGAAUUGGUGAUUCGUACGUUGGAAAAUUUUGUGCACAACAUGGGGUGUAGGGACGACGAAAAGUUGCUGCCCGAGCCGGAGAAUUACGUGAAACGUUUUUAUGAUCUCUUUAAAAGCAUCGCCGAGGCACAGAGAAAUAAGGAAGAAUGGAGAAAAUGUAAAAAAAGUAAAUCUAUACGUAAACGGGAUAAGAAGAAGAUUGAUUUAAGUGGAGAUUUAAAUUACAAUAAUCCACCAGAAAUAGAAUUACCUUGCAAUGCUUCUGCAUUUGCUGUAUUUGCUAGUGUUAGAAGUGCUAUUUUGGAAAAAUAUGCUAGAACAACAAAUGAAGUUUAUAGAGUAUCAAAUUGUAAUUCUCCACCACCACCGGAACAUAGUGAAACUAUGGAUACAGACAGUGAGGAUGAAGAUAGGAUAUCAACUAUACAGAGUUUACCAAAGAUUGUAGGCAUUGGUUUGCGAAGCGUUUUCACAUUGAUGAGAGAAAGUAGAAUAAUUGAACCUCUUUUGUGUAUAAAAGCAUUGUCAGCUUUAUUGGAUAUAUUACAAGGACAACUCCCUGAAGGCCUGAAGUCUGAACCCGAUGAUGUUAUUGACCCACUUUUUGAUCUGCUGUUGGACUUUGCAACUUCACAUGGUCCAGAAUCAGCAGCUGCUAAUGAUGGUAGUCAUUUGACUGCAAUUGCUUGUGCAUGUUUACUCAGUCUUGUGGUUGUGAGAGGUGAUACUGGUCGCCUGUUGGUAGCUAUAGCUGCUUUACUCAUGUGUCCUAGAGCACUAGCAGUUCAAAAUAUUCAAAUGCCAUGUGUAUUAACAUCCUUACAAAGAAGUGUGCAAGCUGUGUUACUCGGAAAACUUAUACGGCCAGACUGGAUUACAUAUGGAGUUCCUAAAAGUUCUAAAAUUUAUACUUCUACGCUUAAGUUACCAAAUGAGAUAAAUAAUAUAACACUAAAUGGACGAAGUUUCGUGAGUGAUGGAAAGUACCUGUACCUACACACAAGUAGAGGAUUAUUAAAAAUUGGUAGUGGUCAUGGUGGAACCAUUUGGGGUCAUCUGUAUAUUCACAAGGCAGAUUUUUAUCCGACAGAAACGGGUUGGCUCGGCUAUGCAAAUAAUACAUUAUAUUUUAAAUGCACACCCAGGAAACAGAGCGAGUUGCUAAUCAUUGAUGCGGAAACUCUUGUAGUCACAGGAAUUGCAGUUCUAGAAGGCCGUGACUGGUCAUCGUCGGUCAUGUUUUCUGAUGGCGAAUGUUUAGGAAUGAUAACAGCGGGAAAAGAUGAUGGUUUUGUAGUCAGAACUAUAAAUACGUUAAGCAAUCCAGUUGCAGUUGCAUCCGAAUUACCAUUAAAAUUAGCCAGAAAAUGUGUAGAUGUUUUUGGAUAUUCUACUUUUGAUGAAGAACAAGCUAUCCAUACAUUAAAUCCAGGCUGUGAUGACGAAAUUGCUAUAGUCACUGCAGGAAAAGAAUUUGGUCUAUUAAAAACUGUGUCCGGAAAGGUAUUAUACACUGGAAAGGGUACUUGUCUUGGUAUGAAAAGUAAUACAAGGCCUAAUAGAUGGGUAGAAUUAACACUUGGAAAAGGACCAAGGCUUGUAAAUUUUGCAGCUGGUCAUGAUGGUCAGCACGCUGUUAUGAUCAUGGAAGAUGGUUCUGUUUUGUUUGCUGGAACUGCUAGACGCGGAGAAGAUGGCGAUAGUAAUAAAAUUCGCCGACAACCUAAGCCAGUUAAACCAAAAAAGAUAGCAAAAGUAGAAGGACAGUUUAUCAUUGAUGCCGCCUGUAAUAAUGGAUCGACAGCAUUAGUUACUAAAGAGGGCUCUUUGUUAAUGUUUGGCAAAGAUACCUUGCACAGUGAUCCGGUUUCAGGAGUAGUUACCGAUCUCAGAGAUGUCUGUGUGGUUCACGUUUCAUUGGGGAAAGCUCAUGCCGCAGUAUUAACUAACAAGGGUCAUUUGUACACAUUUGGAAUUAACAAUAAGGGACAGUGUGGUAGAGAUUUCACAACAGUGCAUACCGUAAAUAAGGAUGUCUCAGUUGUAGCUAUGGAGAUGGGUACAGCGGAUGAUGAACUUUUAGUGACAGAAGAAGACGGCAUAGAACCGACUGAGGAUUGGGAAGAAACAAGGGGAAUGUGUCCGCCGGGAUUACAUCAAUGGAGGCAUCGUGUUUGUAUGGUCUGUACGGUGUGCCGAGAAUGUACAGGUUGCAGCAUAUCAUGUUUGAGCAGUAUACGGCCGAAUCGAAACCCUGGGCAGGAAUGUGGUUGUGGUAAAGGUGACAGUGGUUGUGCCGAAUGUGGAUGUUGUCGAACAUGCGCAAGAAAAGGUUGUACCAAUGGUAGAUCAAGUUCUAAUUUACGAGAAUACUUACAAAGACGGCUAGGAGAAAUUAAGCAAAAACAAAAAACCAAAGCAGGUCCAAGCGCGGCAAAGUACGGGAUGAAGAUGAAAGGUCCGAAUAAUCAAAGAUUGGCUGGCCCAAGCGUGAUACAAAAAAGUACCGGGAAAACUGCACUGGGGUUGGGUACUAACUUGAUGACCGAAGAAGGUAUCGGAGGAAGCGAUAUCGAACGAGGUGACGCGACAAGAAUUGCUAGUAUACCACCUGCUAGGGUUCCCAUACCUAGCGAAAGUGCUGUGGUCCAAGUGUCAUGUGGGUUACAUCAUACAGUGGUGCUCUUACAAAACGGAGAAGUUUAUACAUUUGGGAGCAAUAUAUAUGGUCAGCUGGGUGUAGGAGACUUGAUACCGCAUGCUGGACUUGUUCACGUUAAAUUACCAAGAAUAGCAACACAAGUUGCGGCCGGAAGUAAUCAUACUGUCGUACUUACUUCGAAAGGAGAAGUAUUCACAUUUGGAGCUUAUCAAAAAGGACAGUUGGGCAUGAAUUGGUGGAAUGAACAAAAUGACUCUUCAAAUACUACUUCUCAAACUAGCCGUCGUACAGAUAGGACACAGCCGUGGCACAGUUUUCCGAAUGUAGUUCCAAAUAUUGGUCCACGAUGGGGUAGACGUGCAACGUGGGUCGGUGCAAGUGGAGAUCAAACUUAUGUCAAAAUUGAUGAAAUAAAUUUUAUUAGUUUAACAAGGAGUACUGUUAUGGCAAAUAAAAACUGCAUAAUUUUAAUUCCACAUCAAACUGAUCACGCUAAUUCGUUCAAAUGCUUAGUUAUAAGUAAACGAGACGGCACUUGUAAUAGUUACAGUGGAGCGGAUCAAGUUGACUUCAGUAAUUGUGCAACGUGUUUAGAUCCUUUGUAUAACGUUAUUUGGACUUUUAAUCCGAUAAAUAAUGAAAUAAGCCUAUAUAAUAUUAUAUCGACGGAAGCUAGAACAAUUCCUGGUUUGGAAGUAUCCAUUUUGAAUCCAGGCUUAGCACUGCCUGUAGUAUCAAAUUGUUUUGUAACGCGUUCGCAAGCUGCCAUGCAUUUGUUGGGCUGUUUGGAUACUCUUACACAAGCACAAGAUGAAAAUUUGUCUAUAGUAGAAGAAAAUGAAUGUAAUCAAUCGACACACGGAAAAGCAUAUAGUCGUGAAGAUUUUGUUACAGUUAACAGAUUUGAAACACAUGGUGGUGGUUGGGGUUACUCGGCACAUUCGAUCGAAGCUAUCAGAUUUAUGCCUGAUACCGAUAUCUUACUUGGCGGAUACGGAUUGUUCGGUGGCCGAGGAGAAUAUACUGCGAAAAUAAAACUUUUCGAUAUUGGAACGGAUGGAGGAGAUCAAGAAAACGAUGGUGAACUUUUAGCCGAAUCAGAGGAAAUACCAUACGAAUGUGGAUUAAAACAAACAUAUUCCAUUUUAUUCGAUGAACCAAUUGCUCUGCAAGCUAACAGGUGGUACGUCGCAUGGACAAAAGUUAGCGGGCCUUCUAGUGAUUGUGGAAAUGGUGGUCAAAGCAUGGUUGCGGCAAAAAAUCAAGUUAUGUUCUACUUUAAGUCUUCUAAAAGAUCUAAUAACGGAACGGAUGUGAAUGCUGGACAAAUUCCGCAGUUGUUGUAUCGUAUUGUUACACCAGAAAAUCAAACUCCUAACAGACAAAGAGACCAAAUCGAGCCGGUUUAUGUAUUAAAGCGCGACUUCUCUAGAACAGUUACUAAAGAUUGUUUUCAGUCACUAAUAUCUCUUCUUCAAUGGAGCUGGAAUACGCUAAAAGCAGCCUUAAAUGAUUCUAUGAUUCAUGCUAUUUCUUCUCACACGUUAGUUGAAAUGGAACGUUUGGUUUAUAUUAGUAAAGCUAGUCUACGGUUACUCAGAACAUAUACUAAUCACAUUUAUCCCAAUCAAGUUGGCAAGAAAACCCCGGCUGAAUCGGUGCGCUUAGCAGAAUGCAUUGGAGAAGUACGCGCCUUGUUGCACCAAAUUUUAUCUGAUACGGUACCGUCGACUACAAAGAGUAAAGGAAAAACGCGACCAAAUAAAAAUACAGCUACAAUAAAUAAUAAGCUAACAAACAGCAUAUUGGACGAAUGUCAUAGAACAUUUGUAGCUUGUUAUCAUGCGUUUUACCCGACAGCAUAUUUAAAGUGGACCUGCCUGUGUGAAUUGUUGUCAGAAAUUGAUAGGGAACAAGGAAGAUCUUCAAAAGAUCGUCUAUUGUCAGCCGUUCUGGCUUCCUUGUGUAAUCCAGCCAUUCGUCUCCGUUGUACAUUUCCAAUUCUGACUAACAUUAUGGAUAGUAGCGAUAGCAUCAAACGGCAGCUUAGUCCAUCCGACAAUACUGGCUUGUUGAUGAUCAAUUCAACAGAAAGCCAUCAGUAUCCAAUUUUAGUCGAACAAAUUAGUUAUAAAUCACAAGUGGAAAGCUCGGGUAAAGAGGCCUUAAAUUGGUCGUUUCGCGAUGUUCUCGAUAGACUGUUAGAUUUGAUUCUAGUCCCCGUGAAGAAAACUCUUUGUAGGGAAAAGACACAAUCGGUACCAGAAUUGGUGCUUCAUUGUUGUUAUUUGUUAGCGCGGGUGAUCGCUGAAUUGGCGGCACAAUCUAGUGGAAACGAAGUUGAACUUCAAGCUGCCUGUGGUAUGCUUAUGUAUACCACACCUUCCAGAUUUACUCGAGUAAAUCAAACGAGAUCUUGGAAUACGGGUAAUGGGUCUCCUGAUGCGAUCUGUUUUUCGGUCGAUAGACCCGGUAUCGUUAUUGCUGGUGUAGGUAUUUACGGAGGUAUUGGGAUGUAUGACUAUGAAUUGGAGCUUCUUGAUGACCAAAAUAAUACGGGCAAUGAUCCGUCUCAUACUCAACGUUGGAGUAGUUUGGAUUUUACACGCGGUUCUUUUGGACCGGAUGAUUGCGUGAACGACAUAGUAGAAUUAAAAUUUGAUAAGCCUGUGCUCAUUAAGGAAAAUGUAAAGUACGCUAUUAGACUGAGAAAUCGUGGCGGUCGUACAAGUAAUGGUGAUGGUGGUUUGAGUGUCGUUAAAGGUCCCGAUGGAACUACCUUUACUUUCACAGCUUGUUCUUUAAGUUUCAAUGGUACAACACAAACUAGAGGUCAAAUACCUCAUAUCCUUUAUUAUUCAAACCCUCAAGAUUCUGAUGGUCAACAUACUAGCAAAGCAAUGGCUGAAGUUCAAGCGAGGAAGUGUACCCUUGCCAUGACAACCACCGUUAUUCAAAGGUCUAACGAAAUACUUGCAUUAGCGAGAGAGAGGGCCGAAGAAGUGGUAGCCGCCGAAGUUCUAGGCAAUGCAACAUUUAUAACGACGCUUUUACCGUUGGUCAUGGCGUACAUUAGUCCCCUGGCUACCUCAGAUCCUAGGAGCGGAGUUCAAGUUCUCACAUUGAUACAAGAAAUGCUUCCCCACGUCUCGGCACUUAACUUAUUAUCCGCAAUGGGAUCAUCUCAAAUAUCUCAAGACAGCGAGGCUCAGUCUCACGUUUCUCCACCCAUUACUACUAGUCAUCAUUAUACUUGGUUGGAAAGCGACCAUCCCUACAAACCCUCCACAGUAUCUCAUUAUAAAGUUGCCUUUCCGGAUACAGUUAAGUGGUUAACUAUUGAAUUCACACCAGAGUGCGGUACAGCACAGCCUGAAGAUUAUUUACAACUCUACAUUCCAAAUAUAAUUUCAUCCGCGAGAACAUCUGCGACUGCAGGGGUAGAAGAUGCACCCCUAUAUUGGCCUGUACUGCACAAACUAAGCAACAUACAAAGCCAGUGGCCUCAAAACGCGAUCGUCUUACCAGGGAACGAAGUGAUAUUUUCGUUGGAGACUGCAACGAAAUACAUGAAAAAUGACAGAGCAAACAUGUACGGGUUCAAAUGUCUGGUUAUCGGGUACGACUGGAUAACAUCAGGAAACGGGUUAAAAAAUUUAGAAAUUGAAUUAUCAUUUCUUGGGGGUGCUUGUGCCGCGAGUCUCAUGAAGAGGAAUCUCGCCUUACCACCUGUGACUAACGAGGAAGUGGAAGAAGAUCUCGAGCAAAUGCAGGAAACCGCAAAGAGGAUUUUCUCUAUGCAUUCAACACUGUUUGCCCGGGGAUUCGCUCUGGCUUCGCCUCCCACGGUCUCCCAGGCUCUCGACGGUGUUCUUCCAUUCAGUUGCCACUUGAACGAACGACACUUUCUUCGAGAUUUCGUAUCGUGCUCGGCUGGAACCAGCGGUGGGCGUCUAGCAAGAUGGCUGCAACCGGACAGCUUCGUGGACCCAUCGAAAUGCGAGGCAUUUUACUCGAAGGACGAAAUAAAGUGUGGAUGGCCAGCUAUAGUUAUUGUACUCACCAGGGACCAGUACGGGGACGUUGUGCACGCACCCAACUUAAAGGUCGAGGUAAAGGCAGUUCCCAUCGAGAAAAAAGACCUAGCAGAUGCAGAUCAAGGAAGAAAGAUCCGACGAGUAUCGCAGCCAGAUCCAAUGAGCUUCGGAGGUCAUCCACAACCUCCAUUAGACGUGCCGUACGAAGUCACGAUCAACAACAAGACUUGCUUCUAUGCGAUCACUAUCAUGAAGGCUUAUCAAAAUUAUUCAUUCGAGGAGCUGAGGUUUAUGUCACCGACUAUAAAAAGAUCGAGCGAGAGUAUGCUGGUUAGACCUAACGGCGAUGGAAGUUAUAGCGCUACGUGGACUCCAUCGUCCGUUGGAUGGUACUCUCUCAUGAUCACCGUGGAUGGCUAUAACAUGGAGGAUAAUUACAAAGUGGAAGUGAAGGAAUCUCCGCAGGGUAUGCAACCGCCGCCGACGCGAAAUAUCGUCAAGAAGCCGCAGCAUCAGCCGAGACUGAGAAAAUUCGUAGCGAAGAAUAGCGCCGGUUUAAGGAUCAGGGCUCAUCCGUCUCUUCAAAGCGAGCAAAUUGGAGUCGUCUCGGUUAAUGACACUAUAGCGUUCAUAGACGAGAUACAUAACGACGACGGCGUAUGGUUGCUAUUAAACGCGGAGACGAUCAAGGAAUACUGUAGCAGCUACCACCUAGAAGCUUGGUGUCUGCAAUAUAAUCAGCACUUUGGCAAAACCUUGUUACUUCCGGUCGAAGAACCGAAAUCGAUUCUGGACCAAGUUAUCAAGGAGCCCAUCUUGCGAAAGAGGCCCGAAGUGGUUGACGAUAAAAGGAAAACUGUUACCUUCGACGGCAGUAGGAGCAUGGUCGUAGUGAAGUGCGGUGCAUCCGGUCACAAUAUCAGAAGUAGGCCAAGUUUGAAGGCGGCAUCGGUGGGAAUGCUGGCUCAGGGCAACUCGGUGACCAUUCAAGAAUACUUCGUGAAUAACGAAGGAGUCUGGGUGCAAAUCGACGACGAAUCGAUGGCCAAGUAUUGCUUCGACAAGGGUCGAAUGGCCACGAGCGAAGCAUGGUGUCUUGCCAUUAACAAACAUGGUGUCACGUACAUGAAAAUCGAGCAGGACCUCGAAAACGAUCCGGUGGAGAAGAAACCGAUCAUCGCUGAUCCGUCCGAGUCACCUAAUCACAAAGGUUUCGAUUUCUUUGUGCCUUCGGCGAGUAACGAAGGCUUCAAUUUCACUGCGCAGAAUUAUACACCCGGCACGACUGAGUUUGGCGAAGGCAGCAAUACGAAUCCGUUCAUUUUCGGGUCGUACAGUCAACACGAUUCACCAGGUAGCGAUAAAUUCACACCGGAGAAAACAGACGUUUCUCCGAAAUUCACGAAACCUCAUUCGAAGGAACGAAUGGUGAAGGAAAGGGAGCGCGAAGGUGGUGGCGGGAAGUUCAGCGUGUUGCAGAAAUGGCUGCGCGGGGACGACAAGUGUCACGGGGAGAAAAAGAGCUCCCCUGGCAGUUUUGGUAUCUGCAGGGACUUUUCGGAGUUCGUAGGGGUGUCUGUGAAGGAGCUGGUGAAAGUGGUGGGCGAAAGUCGAGCGAACGGUAACGGUCCCACGCCACCAGAGACACCCAGAAGAUUGUCGAGAAGCUCGUCGCCGAAGAAUCCCCAAGGUGGGUCACCAAGAUUUCACAGCCCGCCCUCUAGCCCGGUUCCGAUACCUGGUGGGAGAAGCUUGAUGGGAGGGGGAGACAGUAUCAGUAGCAGCCCUGUGCUAUGUGGCUCCCCCCGAAGUGUCGGCCUCUCUCCAUUAGUAUCCGGUGGCAUGGUGGACAGUAUCACGUCGCAGCGGCGGGGAUCAACACAAAGCGACACAAGUGCCUUGGUCAGUAGUCUAACGAGGGAUCCUUCGCAGUCCCCAAGUGCUGUCAGCACAACUGCCAAUACUCGCGAUCUUUCUCCAAGCCCAAGUUGUAGUUCUUUACAUAUGAGAUCAGAGGGUAGCAUAGCUAGUCCACCAGACACGCCGAAGCAAGAUGGCCGUGACGAUUCUCAAGAAAGUCCCAGAAAGGUGUCACAAGCACAAACCCAAACGAGUCCCGAAAGCGCAACGACGGCCAUGAAGGGUCACUUCAGCAUCGGAUCGACAGGACCAAAAGAGGAGCGUCACGCCACAAAACUAAGUAGAAGAGAACAUAGUAAAAUAUCGAAAACCAGAACGAAGCGAGUGAUCUCGCCGACCCCGCCGUCCCAGAGUCCAAACCCUAGUCGGACCCUGAAUCUGAACAAAGACAAAGUGAAGGAAGCGUAUAGUCCUUCGGUAGCGGAGUGUCUGAGAGCAGUGUUCGCGGCGUUCCUUUGGCACGAAGGGAUCGUGCACGAUGCUAUGGCCUGUGCGAGUUUUCUCAAAUUUCAUCCCAGCUUACCGAAACAAGGCGCGCUGGUGGUGACCCGGCAAGCGGUGCUACAAUCGUCGGACAAGCAGAAACAGGAGCAGAAGGCGAGGCAAAGACACUCGGUCGAGGUGACCAACGCUGGUAACUACUUGCACAUUCAGCCGAGUACUCUGGAGACGUUAACUCGGUCGGCCGCGAAUGCCAACGCGAAUCGGAACAGAAAGAAGCAGGAAACGACGAUUAAGGAAGAAGUCCAGGAAAACGGGAAGUUAGGUGCUCUACCGGAAUUCCAAACUGUGGCCGUGCUACCGCCAGCUUUGAAGAGCUUGGUAUUCUUGUGGGAGGAGCUUAGCACGGAUUGUCUCCAGACGAUAGAACAACGAUCCGUGUUGCCCAGCCCGACGUUGCAGAUACAAACGAUGAAACUGAGUAAACAGCUGGAGAAGCGAAUUCGAGAGGACAAGGCGAAAGACCGGGAGAAGAAGAGUAGCAAAAAGAAGAAAGAAUGGAAACCGGUCGGAAGAGCGAACGGGUCAGAAGUUUCGGGAGGAAUAGAACGAGAGACGGUUUGCGAACUGUGCGGCCAAAUGUUUCCGCAUCCGGUCACGUAUCACAUGAAGAAGAUGCAUCCCGGCUGCGGUUGGCAUGCAGGAGGAAAGGGUUACAACAGCGGAGGUCAUUACUGCAUCGGUUGGGCAGGAAAUUGCGGGGACGGUGGGGUCGGUGGUAGCUCUUGGUACCUUAUCUGCGACACCUGUCGCGAUAAGUAUCUGAGGGCUCGCAAGCUGAAGCUCGCGAAGAAGAACGGUGUCGGCAAAAUGGUAUCGCCGCUUGGUAGUCCCAGCGGCAACGAAACGCACAUCAUCAUGAAGAACAAUGCCAUGUUCCUAUUGGACCUGGCCAGCGCUUCUGGGUUAAACAUUCCAAAACAGCAGAGACGACCUUCUCAGACGUUGUCGUCCGUCGCUGAAAACUAUAGUCCUCCAGAAGCGGCUGGACCUUUUCCACCGACUGGACCGUUUCAGUGUCUGCAAGCUUUAGGCGUGCAUCACUCGCAGAGCCACGAUGAAAGGUAUUACGAGGAAACCCUGAGACGACAAAAUGGACAGAAUGGUUACGAAGGGAGCAGUGGCAUGUCGAAUACCACGAACGGCAGGCCUUUAUCCGAACAUCCCAUGAGCGACAGUGACAGUGAAAGCGCUAAAGCUCGGGGAGCUUUCCAUCGAUCGGUGUCGAUGUCCACUGGAGCACCUUGGACCAGAAAUACCAAUGACGGUAGAAUCGUCAUGAUGCGGAAGCGGAACAACAGCAGCAGCGAGAUGAACAAUGAAGCAGGUUCAUCCCUUCUCUGCUACCCGUCCGCAGCACUCCAGAAGCUGGUACCUUCGAUGAACCAAUCGGCGAUCGUAUCUACCAAUCAAUCAGAAGUGACCAAUACCGACAAGAUAGAAAUUCUGAUGAGACCAGUGAUGCUGUUCGUUCUUCAGCAACACAACUUGCAGCAUUUGCAACUCGCCAUGAAGCAGGCGUUACGUCGAGCUGCCUGUCGAGUUUACGCAAUGCAAGCGUUAAACUGGCUGUUAAGAAGCGUCACUCAACCAAUCUGUCUUCAUGAUUUGCUGUGGUGGUUUGCUGCCUCCCUGUCACCGAUUGUGUCACCUGACAUUGCCGAGGCGAACUACGAGGACAAUCGGGUGGAAAAAAGAGAAGAUCACGAUAUGAUCGGUGUAUACGAGCAUCCCUUGAGCGAUCUAGUCAUAAUAGGCGAAUCCGUUAAUCCACUGCCAACGGUGUUCCACACUUUGCUGCAAACUAUUGCGGAUCUGAUGCUUCUACCACCACCCGGUUCACCCUUGCAACAAGCCGCUAUCCGUAUUUGGGGUAUCAAAUUCACUCCUGCAGAUCACAUGUUCUUACAUAGAAGUCACGUGUUUAGUAACAUCAGCAAAAUACUGUCAAGAUCUGAAGAGGAAGAGGACACCACUUUGAGCAUGCACGAAAGCCAUCAAUCGAUGCAUUCUCAACAAAUCAAUAGUUGCGUGGAGGUGCUGAAGGACUUGACGUGUGGAGUAGAGAUCAAGGCCUCCAGUAGACAAGCUAUGAUCGUUAGUUUGACGGACAAUUCGACGGAAACAUUCUGGGAAUCUGGUGACGAAGAUCGUAAUAAGACGAAGACCAUUACCAUUGUCUGCGGUGCUCAUUCCGUUCCACGAGUAGUCUACAUCCAUAUUGACAACUGCCGUGAUUUAACGCACAAAGUAUCCAGCGUGACGUUUCAAUCGGGUAACAACACAGACGAAAUGGUCAAAUUGAGGACAGUGGAAAUUGAAAGUCGAUCUGCAGGCUGGAUCCAUUGCCCAGUUACUGAUCCACGUCAUGUUAUCGUCAGACUCGAUUUAAAGGGUCCAGACAAUUCUUUACGCGUUCGACAAAUAAGAAUCCUAGGCGAGAUUGAAGGGGAAUCUUUAAAAGUUGCAAAACAGUUGAGCGCGCAAACGAUCCAGCAAAGAAAUUGCGAAGCUGAAACGUUGAAAGUAUUCCGUUUAAUAACUUCUCAGGUAUUUGGUAAACUCAUACAACGCGAACAGCAGCAACAACAAACGGAAAAUACAGAAAGUGCUAAUGAUGAUUUAGAAGAUAGCAAUGACCUGCGAGAACAUAUGGUUGGAAUCCUAUUUAGCAGAAACAAUUUGACACAUUUGCAGAAACAAGUUUGUACACAUAUUGUUCAAGCUAUUCAGGCAGAAACUAUUAGAAUGAGAGAAGAAUGGGAAGCGCUUUUAUGUUCACCUACGCCUGCUAACAGUUUGCUUAGCGAUAACAGUGAUUUACCAAAGGCAGCUGAUACUUAUUGCUUUGAAAUGUUGUCUAUGGUGUUGGCUCUGAGUGGUAGCUCUGUAGGACAAUAUUAUCUGUCGCACCAGUAUGGUUUGUUGAAAGACUUAUUGAGUCUGCUACAUACGGGGUCAGCCAGAGUGCAACGUCAAGUAAUAUCUCUUUUGAAAAGGAUUUUGCCCGAAAUCAAGCCAGAAACGUUAGCUAAUGUUAUCAAUAUCAAACGUCUACCACCGACAGAUUUUAGUAUCGUGUCUGCAGCGAAUAAUGGUUUCACUGAUACCACAGACUUCGAUGAACAUUCCGCAGGAAUCCUCGACGUUUUCCUAAGUUGUAUCGCAAAGGCAUUAACAGUUCAAGUAAAAAUAAAGGGAAAAGAAAAUAAUGGAAAAGCACUGCAGACUGUUUCGCUAGCUAGCAGUAUUCAUCCAGAGAGUUACGUCGGCUCAAGAUGGUGGUUAAGGGGGUGCAUGACUCGAAAGCUAGCGGAAGUGAUAAUUCAACUUUUGAAAGACAUGGCAGCAGGAAAGUUGUCAGAAGCCUGGGCAUCAGUGACCAAAGCAGCAAUCGCAGAAAACAUUUUAAAUCUUACCAGAUUAGAUGAGAAGAAUCGUGAUCCAUCCGAAUGCCUCAAAACUCCAACCUUCUGGUUAGCUCUUUCUUCGUUAUGCGUUUUGGACUCCGAUCACGUCGAAAGAUUGUCGUCUGUACAGUGGACCGGUUCGGAGGGACAGCCACCACCUCCUAGACCAACAUGUAGUAAUCACGACGACAACGAAACAACAGCGAUCAUCCAAUGCAACGUUUGCGAAAACUUGUGUGCAGAAUGUGACAGAAUUCUGCAUCUGCACAGAAGAACUCGAAUGCACAUAAGGCAAGUUUGCAAAGAAGAGGAGGAAGCGAUACGGGUGGAUCUCCACGAGGGUUGCGGCCGCAUGAAGCUCUUCUGGAUUUUGGCUCUCGCCGAUAGCAGAACGCUGAAGGCUUUGGUAGAAUUUCGCGAUGGUGCACCGAGAAAACCUGUCGGUGCCACAUCCGGUAUCUGUAGAUUCUGCGGCACCACCGAAAACACGGGUCUACUGGCAAUCGGCAACGUGUGCGCCGAUCAUGAGUGUCAAGAACAUGCAAAGAACGCAUGCACCAAGGUUCACCCGUGUGGACAUAUCUGUGGAGGUGUUCAAAACGAGAAGACCUGUCUACCCUGUCUACACAGGUGUCUGCCAGGCACUGACUUAAAGCAAGAUGCCGAUGACAUGUGCAUGAUCUGCUUCACCGAAGCUCUAUCGGCUGCUCCCGCGAUUCAACUACAAUGUGGACACGUUUUCCAUCUACACUGCUGUAAACACGUUUUAAUGAAACGCUGGGUGGGACCGAGAAUCACAUUCGGCUUCUCUCUUUGUCCCAUUUGUAAAGUACCGAUGGAACACGCUACUUUGGCCGAACAAUUGUCUGGUAUCAAAGAACUGUAUGACGAUGUUAAAAAAAAAGCACUGAUGAGAUUGGAGUACGAAGGUUUAAAUAAGGCUGAAGCAGUGUUCGGUCCAGGUGGACGAUAUUAUCAAGAUCCCGCCGCGUACGCGAUGGAACGGUACGCGUAUUACGUUUGCUAUAAAUGUCAAAAGGCCUAUUACGGUGGUGAAGCACGAUGCGAUGCACAAGUUGGCGGAGAAAGAUUCGACCCUGCGGAAUUAGUAUGCGGAGGUUGCAGCGAUGUGGCGAGAGCUCAUAUGUGCCCUAAACAUGGGGCAGAUUAUCUAGAGUACAAGUGCCGGUAUUGUUGCUCGGUGGCUGUCUUCUUUUGCUUUGGAACAACCCAUUUCUGUAACCCUUGCCAUGACGACUUCCAACGGGUCACUGCCAUUCCAAAGAGCGAGCUACCUUCGUGUCCUGCAGGACCUAAAGCGAAACAACUAGAGGGAGACGAAUGUCCUUUGCACGUUAAACAUCCACCAACUGGAGAAGAGUUUGCGUUGGGUUGCGGUAUUUGCCGUAAUGUGCACACGUUCUAAGACAAACUUUUGAUAUAUCAACUUGACACGAGACGCGAUUAUUUCACAAUUUUAACAGGCAAUCUUUGUUGGCUCUUAUCAAUGCAACUAUACUAAUUCAAUUAAGCGGAUAUACAGUUCGAUAUAAACAUUCUUAUGAUGGUGCGUCAUUAAUACGGUAGGGAAAAGAUAGUUUGUUCGAGGAUUUCGAUGACGGCAGACGUGGAAUUGAUGCGACAUAAUGAUGCACGAGGAAUCAAAUUAGAAGGAGAACUGUGUAGCUACAAUCAUAAGUGAGAAUCUGACGAUGCGUGAAACUAUAAUACUUGUUAAGUAUUACAUAAGUCGUUUUUAUUAGUAAUUAUAGAAAUUACUUAAAACGCAUAAUGGAGAUUGGGCGUAUUAAACUUCCAUGCAGUGCGACAAAUGAGAGAGCUUACACAUGCAUAAAGUCAUACAAAAAUGUAGUGAAUUCAUUUUCGUAGAAUAUUCUAAGUAUAAGCGUUUAAGAUAAUAUAAUAUAAUUCUCUACGAUACUUAAGAAAUAUUUAAUAAUUAUCGACAAUGAUCCUAGUAAAUUAUGUACGUAGGUAAAUUAUGUAUGUGAAAGAAGUAUAUUAUUUAAAAAAAUGUGAAUCAGCUGUGAAGAAUAUAUCGAUAUCUUUAUUCUAAUACCACGUAUAUAACUAAAAAGAAAUUUUACAAGAAGGAUGAAAGAACUGAUUGUUCCAAUUCAGUUUUAUAUUUUAUAUGAUUAUCUUGUACAAUUCAUAAGAUAGGCAUAUAAAAUAUAAGUGAUGUUAAAAUGAAUGUAUCGAUAUAUACAUAUAUAAAAGAAAAAAAAAGAAAAAAAAAAGAUAAUGUUUGAAUGGAAAGUUGCGCGUUCUGUAACGUACGGAACGAAUCAACGUUUGCAUUUAUCAUUCAAGAUAGUCAUGAAUUUGUGCAUUUCUCGUGUUAAACACUUUUCUUUGUUUUCUGUACUUUUCCAAAGGAACAGUAUGGGUAAAUAUCUCAUACGUGUCGCGUAAUUUAUUUAUGAUUAUAUCAAUGUAAUGUUUUGUACUACGUGCGCUGUGUUGCGAAACGAUAGAGUCACUGUGUAUAUUCGUAUACAAGAUGGAACGUGUAAACGAUAACCGCGUGUUAAACGUCGAUUGUUAUUAUUUGUGUUUCAAUCUAGUGCAGAUUAAAUGAAACUAAUAAUUUCAAAACAGAGCAAGC